AUGCCUCCAAGGAAACGGACUAGACUCAGCUGCGUCAGCCAGAUACAAGAAAAGUCUAUCGAAACAGAGAGUGGCCGUCGCGAGGCCGAAAAGGCGUUCCACUGCAGUUUCUGUACCAGGGCCUUCCAUCGAAAGGAGCAUCUACAGCGACAUGAAAGACUGCAUACUAAGGAGAAGCCUUUUCGGUGCACAAUCUGCCCUGCUGGGUUUGCGCGAAGAGAUCUCUUGGCUCGUCAUACUGGCCUGACUCACGAGAAAGCCGAGGCUCCUCAUGGGGAUCCGAAAAUAGAGAAUUCAGGUUACAGUGCCUCCCCAUCCCCGUCCGGUGCUCACCCAGAAGGCCAGAACCUUAGAUCACCAUCCACAUCCAGAACGACAAAUCCAGAAGCUUUUCAAGGGCCAGCUGGCGUUGUUCCUGACCAUGGCGCUGAAUUGCUUUCACACUCAGCACCUGCUUCAAGUCACCUUACGUCGUCUACCCCUACACUCGACGUGGGACUCGCUGAGCAGGCUAACAGCAUAAGCGACUUUGAUUUAUUCAUAGACAGUAUAAAUGGGACAUACGAUGGUGAUCUAUCGUCGUUUUAUGUCGACCCAACACUAUUACAACUGGCCCCAUCUGGACUUUUUCCUACUUUUGAAUCACUUCAACUCCAGGACUCAGAUACCCAACUUGGUGUAUCAAAUAGAGUAUACGCUCCAGAACCUCGAUUCUUUGACGAGUUCACAUCUACAUUACCUUCAUUUGAGCAGUCCCACGAAGCAAAAGCGAGGAGAGAGCCCCAGAGAGUCACACAGCGGGACUGGGACUGUCUCUUUACCGAAAUCCAACAUUUCAGCUCGGUAAUUCCUACAGAAUUCUUUCUCCCUUCUCGGCACACUAUGACCCGGUAUAUUUCUACCUACUUUGCUGGGUUUCACCGUCACCUUCCUUUCAUCCAUUUGCCAACAUUCUCCACUGCGAAAUGCCCUGUCGAGCUGAUCCUGUCGAUGGCAACGAUUGGUGCGAUAUCGGCAUUCGAGAAUAACAACGCUGUUAUGCUAUAUCGAGCUGCAUUUGCAAUUUGUAACGAACGGCUUCGUCAACGCAACGAGCAGUGGCAUUUCAUGACAUUCCAAACUGAGCAGUCAGCUCUAGAAUGUCCAGGGCCCAAAGAGGCCAUCCCUGACGUCCCUCCCGGUGAAACAAAACAACCAGAGCCAGGCCGCGAGAUGGGACACGAGUCCAGAUUCGACCCGCUUCCCCUCGCGCAGGCAUUACUUAUACUUAUGGCAAUGGCCACCUGGGGAAAUUCAGAAGCUAUAUACGACGAGGCCAUCGGGAUUCAGAACAUUUUGAUCAACUACUUGAGAGCCGAAAAGCUCUUAGAGCGACGACUAUCUGGAAGCCCCGAAUGGGAUGUAUGGAUCAAAGAGGAGGGCUUUACUAGGACUAUUGCGAUCAUUUAUUGCUUUUUCAACUUCCAUACAAUCAUCUACGAUCUGCCACCUCCUCUUCUUAACUCGGAACUCGAAAUUCGUCUACCUUCACGCGAAAGGGAUUGGGAGGCAGACAGCGAGCAAGAGUGGCAACAGGCUCGCAGCAAACAUGAUCCAGAGCCUGACUUUCAAUCAGCGUUCGCAUUGUUAUUCUCACCACAAACGGAAAAGGCUUGUCAACAGCACUGCUCUUCCCUGGGUGGCUACACAUUGAUUCUCGCCCUGAUACAGCACAUAUACUUCCUUCGAUCACUAGCAAAGUGCAGAUCAGGAGACCAAACAAUUAGCCCCGAGGAGACAACCAGCAUCGAGCGAGCAUUGAUAAACUGGCAAGGCGGAUGGAACCAAGACCCAGAAUCAUUCCUAGGCCCGGGGAGUCCCCUCGGCCCUAUAUCCUUCAACUCAACCGCCCUGCUCCGCAUGGCUUAUAUCAGGCUUAAUGUAGAUCUCGGCCCGUGGCGCGCUCUGAACACCCAUAUCCCGUAUGAGAUUGCGCUGUCCAUGUAUAAUAGUCCGCCUCCACCGACGAAUUCCAGGAUCACCCGCGCGGUCCUCUACUCCGCGCAUGCGCUGAGCAUCCCUGUCAAAAUCGGGAUUAAUAUCGUUAAGCACAAUCAGGCGUUUUCGUGGUCUCUGCAGCAUUCGCUCUGUGCGCUUGAGUGUGCGUUCAUUAUUAGCAAGUGGCUGAUUGCUAUACAGCCUGAUGUGACGGGAGGGACUAUGGACGAGGAAGAGGCGAGGUUGCAUGCGUAUAUAGUGGAUAUGGCGACUGAGGCAGAGGCUGGAGGGGAAAUGGAUUCAGUGUCUUCUGCUGACUUGUGCACGAGGGUUGUUCGGAUUUGGGCGGUGAUAUUCAGUGGGAAGGCGCAUUGGAAUGUGGUACGGAUGAUAGGGAAGAUCUUGGAUGCCUAUGCGAAGAUCCUGGAGUGUGGAGUCUUUGAGAAUGAGUUUCUCCUUGUUUCUCCAACUACCAUGUCCUCCCCAUCUCCAAUCAAUGCUGCCCCUCAUAUCCAACAACUUCUGUCGCAGUUGCACAAAAUCUCCCUCGAGCAAGAAGCCGGCAUUUCAAAAACAGGAAAAGUCUUCUCGGCAGAUAUUCUCGGCGACCUCGAGGAUAAGCAGUCCAAGACCAGUCCAAGAGAUGACUUCGAUCGCUUGAUGCUCGACAAAUUCAUUGCCCUGGACGAGGAUAAGUGUCAGUUCGUUUAUCAACUGAUCAACGCCACGGGUGCAACCAAUGUCGUCGAGGCAGGGACGAGUUUCGGCGUCAGCACGAUUUACCUCGCUCUUGCUAUUGCCAAAACCACGGCUGCUACUGGUAAAUCGGGCGUUGUAAUUGCGACUGAAAAGGAGAGUGAGAAGGCGGCGAUUGCGAGGAAGUACUGGGCGCAGUGUGGGCCUGAAGUUGAGCAGCAGAUUGACUUGAGAGAGGGCGAUUUGCUCCAAACUCUUCGAGACGGGCUACCGGAGGUUGAUCUUCUCUUGCUGGAUAUCUGGUCGGCUCUGGCUCUGCCCACGCUCAAGACCGUUCUACCGCGCCUUAGGCCAGGCGCUGUAGUCCUUACUGACAACACUAUCUCGGGGGCCAAGGGUUACGCGGAUUUACUGGCUUAUUUACGAGAACCUGCGAAUGGGUUCCAGAAUAUGACACUUCCUUUUACCAAUGGGUUUGAGAUGAGCGUUUACCGGCCAGAUGGACGCAACUAA